UAAAACCGCGCCUGCGCGCUCCCUUCCUUCCUCUCUGCGUCCUGAGCUGUGUGGCGGCGCCAUGGCUAAACGCACCAAGAAGGUGGGGAUCGUGGGUAAAUACGGGACGCGUUACGGCGCCUCCCUCCGGAAGAUGGUGAAGAAAAUCGAGAUCAGCCAGCACGCCAAGUACACAUGCUCCUUCUGCGGCAAGACCAAGAUGAAGAGACGGGCCGUGGGCAUUUGGCACUGUGGUUCCUGCAUGAAAACCGUCGCGGGGGGCGCCUGGACCUACAAUACCACCUCUGCUGUCACAGUCAAAUCUGCCAUCAGAAGACUGAAGGAAUUGAAAGACCAGUAGACCUGCGAUCUGAAGCAUUGCUAGCCUGUAAUAAAUGGGUUAAUUUA